CGGCGCUUUGCGGCUAGUCGUGCGGGUCGGGCGCGGGCGGGCGGGCGCGGCGGCAGUGGCGCGCACAGGUGAUUGACUGGCCAGCUGGCUGAGGGAUCGCCUGGUCCCCAUUGCUGGCAGGUGGCGGAGCCCAUUUGGGCGGCGGCAGCGGCAGCAGCAACAGCAGCGACGGCUCGGCUCGGGAGGCGCUCUUCGGGCCAAGGCCAUGGCCCCGCGGCUGCAGCUGGAGAAGGCGGCCUGGCGCUGGGCGGAGACGGUGCGGCCCGAGGAGGUGUCGCAGGAGCACAUCGAGACCGCGUACCGCAUCUGGCUGGAGCCUUGCAUCCGCGGCGUGUGCAGACGAAACUGCAAAGGAAAUCCGAAUUGCUUGGUUGGGAUUGGUGAGCAUAUUUGGUUAGGAGAAAUAGAUGAAAAUAGUUUCCAUAACAUUGAUGAUCCCAACUGUGAGAGGAGAAAAAAGAACUCAUUUGUGGGCCUCACUAACCUUGGAGCUACUUGUUAUGUCAACACGUUUCUUCAAGUGUGGUUUCUCAACUUGGAGCUUCGGCAGGCACUAUACUUAUGUCCAAGUACCUGUAGCGACUACGUAAUGGGAGAUAGUAUCCAAGAGGAGAAAGAUUAUGAACCUCAGACAAUUUGUGAGCAUCUCCAGUACCUGUUUGCCUUGUUGCAAAACAGUAACAGGCGAUACAUCGAUCCAUCGGGAUUUGUUAAAGCCUUGGGCUUGGACACAGGACAACAGCAGGAUGCCCAAGAAUUUUCAAAGCUAUUUAUGUCUCUUUUGGAAGAUACUUUGUCUAAACAAAAGAAUCCAGAUGUGCGGAACAUUGUCCAGCAGCAGUUCUGUGGAGAAUAUGCUUAUGUAACUGUUUGCAACCAGUGUGGCAGAGAGUCUAAGCUUUUAUCAAAGUUUUAUGAACUGGAGUUAAAUAUCCAAGGCCAUAAACAGUUAACAGAUUGUAUCUCGGAAUUUUUGAAGGAAGAAAAAUUAGAAGGAGACAAUCGAUACUUUUGUGAAAACUGUCAAAGUAAACAGAACGCAACAAGGAAGAUCAGACUCCUCAGCCUUCCCUGCACCCUGAACUUACAGCUGAUGCGCUUUGUCUUUGACAGGCAAACUGGACAUAAGAAAAAGCUGAAUACCUACAUUGGCUUCUCAGAAAUUUUGGAUAUGGAGCCUUAUGUGGAACAUAAAGGUGGGUCCUAUGUGUAUGAACUGAGUGCAGUCCUUAUACACAGAGGAGUGAGUGCUUAUUCUGGCCACUACAUUGCCCAUGUGAAAGAUCCACAGUCCGGUGAAUGGUAUAAGUUUAAUGACGAAGACAUAGAAAAGAUGGAGGGGAAGAAAUUACAACUAGGGAUUGAGGAAGAUCUAGCAGAACCUUCUAAGUCCCAGACACGUAAACCCAAGUGUGGCAAAGGAACUCACUGCUCUCGAAAUGCAUACAUGUUGGUGUAUAGACUACAAACUCAAGAAAAACCCAACACAAUUGUUCAGGUACCAGCCUUUCUUCAAGAGCUGGUAGAUCGGGAUAAUUCCAAGUUUGAGGAGUGGUGUAUUGAAAUGGCCGAGAUGCGUAAGCAAAGUGUGGAUAAAGGAAAAGCAAAGCACGAAGAGGUUAAGGAGCUGUACCAAAGGUUACCUGCUGGAGCUGAGCCCUAUGAAUUUGUCUCUCUCGAGUGGCUACAGAAAUGGUUGGAUGAAUCGACACCCACCAAGCCUAUCGAUAAUCACGCUUGCCUGUGUUCCCAUGACAAGCUUCAUCCUGAUAAGAUAUCAAUUAUGAAGAGAAUAUCUGAAUAUGCGGCUGACAUUUUCUAUAGUAGAUAUGGAGGAGGACCAAGACUAACUGUGAAAGCCCUGUGUAAGGAGUGUGUGGUAGAACGUUGUCGUGUGUUACGUCUGAAGAAUCAACUAAAUGAAGACUAUAAAACCGUCAAUAAUCUGCUAAAAGCAACAGUAAAGGGCAAUGACGGGUUUUGGGUAGGGAAAUCUUCCUUGCGCAGCUGGCGCCAGCUGGCUCUCGAGCAAUUAGACGAACAAGAUGGGGACGUCGACCAAAGCAACGGGAAGAUGAACGGCAACACCUUAAAUAAAGAGGAAUCAAAAGAAGAAAGGAAAGAAGAGGAGGAGGAAUUAAAUUUUAAUGAAGACAUUCUGUGCCCACAUGGGGAGUUAUGCAUAUCUGAAAACGAAAGACGACUUGUUUCUAAAGACGCUUGGAACAAACUGCAACAGUACUUUCCAAAGGCUCCUGAGUUUCCAAGUUACAGAGAAUGCUGCUCACAGUGCAAGAUUUUAGAAAGAGAAGGGGAAGAAAAUGAAGCCUUACAUAAGAUGAUUGCAAACGAGCAAAAGACUUCUCUUCCGAAUUUGUUCCAGGACAAGAACAGACCAUGUCUCAGUAACUGGCCAGAGGAUACAGAUGUCCUGUACAUUGUGUCACAGUUCUUUGUAGAAGAAUGGCGGAAAUUUGUCAGAAAACCCACAAGAUGUAGUCCCGUGUCAUCAGUUGGAAACAGUGCUCUUCUGUGCCCCCAUGGGGGACUCAUGUUUACAUUUGCUUCCAUGACCAAAGAAGAUUCUAAACUUAUAGCUCUCAUAUGGCCCGGCGAGUGGCAAAUGAUUCAAAAGCUCUUUGUCGUGGAUCAUGUAAUUAAAAUCACAAGAACUGAAGUGGGAGAUGUAAACCCUUCAGAAACACAGUAUAUUUCUGAGCCAAAACUCUGUCCAGAAUGCAGAGAGGGCUUAUUAUGUCAACAGCAGAGGGACCUACGUGAAUACACUCAAGCCACCAUCUACGUCCAUAAAGUUGUGGAUAAUAAAAAGGUGAUGAAGGAUUCAGUUCCGGAGCUGAAUGUGAGUAGUUCUGAAACAGAGGAGGAUAAGGAAGAAGCUAAACCAGAUGGAGAAAAAGAUCCUGAUUUUAAUCAAAGCAAUGGAGGGACGAAGCGGCAGAAGAUAACCCAUCAGAAUUACAUAGCCUAUCAAAAGCAAGUCAUUCGGCGCAGUAUGCGACAUAGAAAAGUCCGUGGUGAGAAAGCACUUCUCGUUUCUGCUAAUCAGACACUAAAAGAAUUGAAAAUUCAGAUCAUGCACGCGUUUUCAGUUGCUCCUUUUGACCAGAAUCUGUCAAUUGAUGGAAAGAUUUUAAGUGAUGACUGUGCCACCCUCGGCACCCUUGGCGUCAUUCCCGAAUCUGUGAUUUUGUUAAAGGCCGAUGAACCGAUUGCAGAUUAUGCUGCAAUGGAUGAUGUCAUGCAAGUGUGUAUGCCAGAAGAAGGGUUUAAAGGUACUGGUCUACUUGGACAUUAAUCUUUUGGACACUUGCUGACUUCUGAGAAAUGACCAGAAGGGAAGAGAGACGUUUGACAUAUGUUAGGGCAUUAACGAAAAGAUGGAUUUAAGAACUAAACCAUUCUGUGACUCUUCCAAAAGGCAGAAAACUAUUCUGAAGUGACUGUCCCAAAUGCCUUAUGUCAAAUAAAGCAGAUUGCACUGACGGACAUCAGACUUGAAGGAAAUGUUUCAAAUUUUAUAUUUAAGAGAGGGUGGCGGGCGGGCGGGGCAAGUAAAGACGGAACCGGUUUAGUAGCAGUAACAGUAAAUCAUGUUUACAUAUGAGAUUGAUAGUCACGGGAGGGAAUAAAGUUCUGUUAUAUUUCCCUGCUCGCACUUCAUACCAGAUGCAUUGGUCCAUAAAGGAUUUGUAUCACAGUAGAUGGGACAACAUUCUGCUCUGAACUAAAAAGUAAUUCUUUAGAGACAUAACCUGCUUACCAAUACCUGUCUUUGAUUCAUAUUUUACUUUGAAUAAAGCAUGAAAGUGAAGAAACUUGC